CCAGUCGCGCCGCCCUACUCCAAGACAGGAGAUGGGGAAGACCCUGGUGUGGAAAACCGUGUGGAUUCGCAACAUACUUGUUGAUCUUCUCUAUUAAAAUAGAAGGGCGUCAUCCUAGUCGGACUAAAUCAGUGUAUAGGAGGAUUCUUAUCUAACCAAAAGGCGGAGGAGAUCCAGAGUGCCACGGAGGCAACACCGUUUGAAACGGAAUGGAUCACAAACCGUGCCGAGAGUAGGCUAAUUAACCUUAAACCGUUUCCUCAUUUUUCCUCGGAUAUUUAAUGUUUUCAACUCUGCCUCUCGAUACGGUCUGAUGAGCCAACCUAAAGUUAAGAUUCAAGGAUGAAAGAAAACAAGCACAAAUGUAGACUGUAACUUUUCCCCAUCCGGAUCUUGCCUGUUGGACAAAUUGGAACUCGGUGGAACUCUCGUUAGUUCAAAAUGGAGAAAUCCUCAACGGGAUUGAAUAAGAAUGGCUCGCGAUCCACCACAUCACUACCCCCAGAACCAGCGUACAUAAUCCACAGCAAGUCAUGCUACCGCCGGGUAAGGCUCAACGUUGGGGGUCUUCCACAUGAGGUCCUCUGGAGAACGUUGGAUAGGUUACCACGCACCCGGUUAGGGAAACUACGAGACUGCAACACCCACGACUCACUCAUGGAGGUAUGUGAUGACUACAACUUGGACGAGAACGAGUACUUUUUCGACCGGCACCCAGGGGCGUUCACGUCCAUUUUGAACUUCUACCGGACCGGUAAGCUCCACAUGAUGGAGGAGAUGUGCGCCCUGUCGUUCAGUCAGGAGCUGGACUACUGGGGCAUAGAUGAGAUCUACCUGGAGUCCUGUUGCCAGGCCAGGUACCACCAGAAGAAAGAACAGAUGAACGAGGAGCUCAAAAGAGAGCAAGACACCUUGAACGACAGAGAGGGAGAAGAGUUCGACAACACGUGUUGUGCUGAGAAACGAAAGAAACUCUGGGACCUUCUGGAAAAGCCCAGUUCGUCUGUCGCAGCCAAGAUCCUAGCCAUCAUCUCCAUCCUUUUCAUUGUCCUCUCCACCAUCGCCCUGUCCCUCAACACCCUGCCUGAGCUGCAGGACACAGAUGAGUUUGGCCAUGCCUCAGACAACCCCCAGCUGGCCCACGUAGAGGCCAUCUGUAUAGCCUGGUUCACUAUGGAGUACCUCCUCCGCUUCCUCUCAUCCCCCACCAAAUGGAAGUUCAUCAAAGGUCCCCUGAACGUGAUCGACCUGCUGGCCAUCCUUCCUUAUUACAUCACAAUCUUUCUGACAGAGUCCAACAAAAGUGUUCUACAGUUCCAGAACGUCCGGAGGGUGGUUCAGAUCUUCCGGAUAAUGCGCAUCCUGAGAAUUCUGAAGCUGGCACGUCACUCCACGGGGCUACAGUCUCUAGGUUUCACCCUGAAGAGGAGUUACAACGAGCUGGGUCUACUCAUCCUCUUCCUGGCCAUGGGCAUCAUGAUCUUCUCCAGCCUAGUCUUCUUUGCCGAGAAGGACGAGGAUGACACCAAGUUCAAAAGCAUCCCUGCCUCCUUCUGGUGGGCCACCAUUACUAUGACCACAGUUGGCUACGGGGACAUUUACCCUAAGACUUUGCUUGGGAAGAUUGUGGGGGGUCUCUGUUGCAUUGCAGGGGUGCUGGUGAUAGCCUUGCCCAUCCCCAUCAUCGUCAACAACUUCUCUGAGUUCUACAAGGAGCAGAAACGUCAAGAGAAAGCUGUGAAGCGUAGGGAGGCACUGGAGAGGGCGAAACGCAAUGGGAGCAUUGUCUCCAUGAACAUGAAGGAGGCAUUUGCCCGCAGCGCCGAGCUGAUGAACGUGGUGGUGGAAAAGAGCGAGAGGCUGCUGACGCAAGACAACCACCUCUCACCCAGCCACUGGAAGUGGACUCCAAAGCGGGCUGCCAACGCCUCAGAGACCAGCUCGGCCCACUCCUUUAACCCUGUGGAGUCCCAGAUGGGUUCCCCCAGCAAGGCCAGGGCCUCCAGUCCUCAGGGGCUCAACGCUCAGAAGCUGGAGGAGAUGUAUUACCAGAUGGCCAAGACCCAGUCACAGCCCAACCUCAACGCCAAAGACAACAGCUCCAGGGCUGGCAGACAGAGGGAUGAGAUUGAGCUGGGGGCCAUCCCUGGAGGUCCAGGGGACCCUAUGCUAGGGGGUCAAGAGGGUGUGGGGGACAUGAAGAGCCUGUCUAGUAUUGACAGCUACAUCAGCUGUGCUGCAGACUUCCAGGAGAAUCCAUGUGGUGUCUACCCUCUAAGUCCAGCCUCCGGCCUGGCCCUCCUUGCCCAGGAGACCAGCCACUUCUCCUGUAUCAGCCCCGCUACGGCCCUCUCUGGGUGGGUCAGCACCAACCCUGCAAAAAACGUAGUCUCGGACAACACUCACAACUUCAACAAACCUUUGAAAGGUGGCAGCCACUCCUACAAGGUGAAGUACCAGAGCAGUGGAGGGGAGUCGGGGCCAGGAGCAGGUCGGUUGCCCAGCAACGGUGAUCCUCUCUCAGGCAUCUCCAUCCUGUCUGACCACUCCCUGCUCAGCCCGGAGACGUCCAUCUACACCACGGCCAGUAGCAGGACCCCACCCAAGUCUCCGGACAGCUCCAGCCUGACCACGGCCCCGACCUCCACCCCGACUGUCUUCACCUUCCAUGACUCCUCCAUUAGUAAGUACAUUGACGCCGAUACAGAUGACGACGAGCACCUGAGGGACAUGUCGGAUGCCACAAGCCCCUCAGAGUGCCUGCUGGCCAGCUCCAGUGCCCCCAAAUGCAGCCGGAACAUCAGCAGUGGCUACAACCAUAGAAGCAUCAACCACUUGGCAUCAAGCACCACCCAGCGAAUGCUGGGGCAGAACUGCCUGUUCCCCAGCCUGGAUGGGGGGACGCGGGGGAGCGGGGGCCACUUGGAGAACAAUUUGGUGCCGGAGCUGCCCCGCAGGCCCAAAGGGGACAGAGGAAAGUCUAGUACCAUUGACCAGAGCCUCUGAGCUGCAGAGGGACACCCAGGGACAUCCAGAGAGACAUGGACUAGCCGUGUGAGGAAGGUGGAGAAAGAGAAAGUGGUAGAGAGAUAGAAAGAGAGAGAAAGAAAGGGAAGGAAAGAGAGACACACUGUGCCAAGUCCCUGUACAAACUAACAGAAAGGGCCUGGAAAUGAGAGAGAUUCAGGGUAGAGUUUGGGCUGUGGUGUGGUGUUGAAUACUCUGGGAAAAGACUUGUAGAAUAGAUUGAGAACACCACUCUUCCUCCCUAUUAGCCACAGUACACUAGCUACCACAAAACUGGGCAGAGCACUCCCAGGGACCCAUCUGAGCAGGGGCCCCACAGGGAGAUGUGGGAGUAGGUCAAAGGUCAAAGCAGAGCAUGCUGGGAUGGGAAAUGGUCUGUUGGUUGGGGGCAUUGGGUAGGAGGAAAGAGGUGAGGCAGAAUGGAUGAAGGGGGGAACUGGGAGGCGGGGAAGAGCAAGGAGAGAUUCAUGUUGUGAACAUAGGGAUAGAAAGACAAUCAUCCCCUAUAUUCUCCUACAGUUCUACCUAUCUCAGGUGACCACUGUCCCAUUCAUGCCUGAGCCCCAGCCCAGCUCACACUGUAGUAGGGAUUCCAGAAGAGGAGUUACGGUAGACUCCAAUAAGCUACUUUACUAGUGCCCCCCCAGCCUCAAACCUGGCCUUAGUCAUAUGUGUGUGUGUGUGUGUGUGUGUGUGUGUGUGUGUGUGUGUGUGUGUGUGUGUGUGUGUGUGUGUGUGUGUGUGUGUGUGUGUGUGUGUGUGUGUGUGUGUGUGUGUGUGUGUGUGUGUGUGUGUGUGUGUGUGUGUGUGUGUGUGUGUGUGUGUGUGUGUGUGUGUGUGUGUGUGUGUUUAAAGGAUAAUUUAUGUAUCCACAUUUUGAGAUUGUCUUACCUGAUUAAUUUAUUUUUAUAUAGAUAAAGGAGGUUACCUAUAUGAGUCUUGGGUUUACUAGUCUGUUGUGUCAUGACCAUAUCUGUUUGAGUAUUUCUGUAUGGGAUAUUUCUUCUUGUCAGACAGUUAUUUGACAUACAAUCCAGACUUAUUUUAGGGGAAACCAGUCUGUGAGUCUUGUUCUUCUUGGUACAGUUUGUUUAUCUCGUGGUGAGAGUAGAGUACCACAUCUGAUCUUCCAUUUCUGUCUGUGAUUUUGUCUUGAUUGUCUGUUGUUUUGUGUUACACUGAGUUUGAGUCAGAGGGGAAUGGUGAAAGAAUCUGUACAUUUUGGUAUGAAAGUGAGGAAUCAUAAUCAUCCCUGAAGAUUUGUGCACCAAGCACACAUUUAGGAGAGCUCUGCUCCAAGGCAUUCAUGUACCGAACAGCCUGCCUCUUCCUCCUAGUCAUACCACCAAGACACAAGAGUUCAAAAUAAUCGCUUCAGACGAAAUGCUGAGAUGUGCAAAAUAAAAAUAACCUGUUUAUUUUUGUGGUAUUUUAUAAAGAAUGUGGUGAAUGGAUUUAUGAAUUUAUAUUUCCAAAUCCAAGCAAACAUUUAGGAUAUAUGCUCAUAUUAAAACAGUGAAACAUUGAUACACAGCUGCCCCAACAUGCAUCAUCAUCAUUUUCCUUUGAACAACAUCAAGAGACUGAGUGUUGAGA